AUGCCUCCUCAACGCGAUAUACAGACCCGCCGAGCUACUCGUCGAGUCGAUGAGAAUGCCCCUCCCGCUGCUGGUACGAUAGCCACUCGAUCCAGAGCAACUGUCACCAAUGGUACUCUCGCUGCCAAAUCGGCCACUGCGGCCACUUCCAUCCCCGUUCUCAAACGAGGCCUGUCAGCCAACAACACUUCAGCCACAAGGCUAAAGGGCACAACAGCUACCGUCAAAGAUGCAGGUCUUGGUAAAAUUGACUUAGCAGCAAAGAGAAGAGCAGCUUUAGGUGAAGUAACAAACGGAGGAAAAGAUGGAGAAGGAAAGAAGGCUAGUGGAAACGAAGCAAGAAGACCUUUGGCAACUACUCAAACAUCAUCACAAGCUGUUCCUCGUCGUACAGUCAGAUCAGCCGUUGCCGCUCCCGUCAUCAAGGAAGAGAAGGUCAUCGGAAAAAGAAAAUCUGUCAUUCCGUCAUCCAAAAUUCCUUCUCGAUCACGCUCCACAACAGCUGCGUCAACUUCUACCACUGCCACUGUUCCCGAAACCAAACCGUUGAAAGAGAGGAAACCUAACAUCGGAGUUGAUGAAGAACCGUUACGUAAAAGAAGGAAGACCUCUACUCCACCUCCCUUCGCAGAACAGGAAGAGGAAGAAGCGAAACAUCAUGAUGUCGAUGGUAUUUAUGAUCACGACGGCAGAGAAGUUCUCCUUUCGAGUGGAAGUAAACAAGCUGUGGGGUUAAGAAGUCCCAAGCGAAAAGCCAAAGAUGAUGGUUGGACAGAUCUCGACGCAGAAGACGAAGGUAAUCCCAGUAUGGUCAGCGAAUAUGUCGUCGACGCUUUUGAUUACAUGUUGUCUAUCGAGGAUCAAACCAUGCCCAGCACAGAUUAUAUGGAUAUGCAACACGAACUCCAAUGGGAAAUGCGAGCUAUCCUGAUGGAUUGGUUGAUUGAAGUUCAUUCAAAAUUCCGAUUACUUCCCGAAACACUUUUCAUCGCUUCCAACUUGGUCGAUCGAUUCCUAUCGAAACGAAAGAUCUCACUCAUCAAAUUCCAAUUAGUCGGUUUAACAGCUCUUUUUAUUGCAUCUAAAUAUGAAGAAGUGAUCUGUCCCUCCAUCGAACACUUCUUACAUAUGACAGAAGGAGGUUACGAUACGGACGAAAUCUUAAAAGCUGAAAGAUACAUGUUAUCAACUCUCGAUUACGAUCUUUCGUAUCCCAACCCAUUACAUUUCCUUAGAAGAAUAUCAAAAGCAGAUGGAUACGAUAUACAAACCCGGACAAUAGCAAAAUUCUUACUCGAAAUCAGCUGCGUAGAACAUGAAUUACUAAGUUACAAACCUAGUCAAUUGGCUGCUGCAGCCAUGUGGUUAGCUAGAUUAUGUUUAGACAGAGGUGAUUGGUCACCUAAUCUCGUUCACUAUUCUUUCUACGCCGAGAAAGAAAUAUUAGGACCCGCGCAAGCAAUGCUCAACUACAUCCUCGAUCCAAAAUUCAACGAUACAUCAUCAUUCUACAAAAAGUACGCAUCCAAGAAACACAUGAAAGCAUCCGUCUAUUUCCGAGAUUGGGCAAACUCACAGUGGCCAGAAUCAGUUUCUGGUACCAAUGAAUUCGCAGGAAAAGAACUAGAUUUCCUCUUAGCUUCUGACAUAUAA